CCACGCCCUUCUCUGUGACUCCACCUUCGGCCUCUCCUGUGUUUUCCAGUGAUGGUGUCCUCAGGGCAUCAGAACUUCGCGUCACAGCUGGGGUCUGGCUUCGAGGUCCUUGAUGGGAGAGCAUGAACAGGUGGUAUGUGUGACCCUCUUUUGGCCGGCCUACCCCGAGACCCUGACUACUGUGUAUCUCACUUCUGCCUACAUCCCUCACUGUCUGUCACAUGUUGGCCUGACAACGAGCAGGAGCAGGGGUCCUCCUCAGAGAAGGCUUUGGACUGUAUGACCCACUUCUCCAGGAGCUUGGAAUCUGAGGGUGUGAGCACUGCUUCGGAACAGGCAGCAAGGAGGAGUGUGGGCUGGUCGGCGGAGUGGGACUCAGAACCUCAGCCUCAUGAGGGCCCAGCCUGCCCCAACUCAGACCAGCACAAGGAGCAUUGUCAUGACCAAGACCUUGUGAGGAGGAGUCACAACCCAGCCAAGAAGUGUCUGGAGCCCUGCUCUUCUAAAGUAAAAGUUAAGAACAACAUGCUUAUCCCUGACUCUCAGAAGCUCUUGCGGUGUGAACUGGACUCUCUCAGGUCCCAGCUGCAGGCUCAGACUAAGGCUUUCGAGUUCCUGAACCACUCUGUGACCAUGCUGGAGAAGGAGAGCUGCCUACAACAGAUCAAGAUCCAGCAGCUUGAAGAAGCGCUGAGGCCCCUGAGCCGCCAGGGAGAGAAGGGGAGCUGUAAGUGGAGCAAGGAACAAUGUCGGCAGCAGGAUCUGUACGGGGUCCUGGCCCAGGGGCUGCAGGGGCUGCAGAAGACAAUGAAGGAAGGUGAGGAGCUGCAACAGGCCCGGACCACUCGCUGCCUGCAGCUGUUGGCCCAGGAGAUCCGGGACAGCAAGAAGUUCCUGUGGGAGGAACUGGAGCUGGUGCGGGAGGAGGUGACUUUCAUCUAUCAGAAGCUCCAAGCCCAGGAGGAUGAGAUCUCAGAGAACCUCUUGCAUAUCCAGAAGAUGCAGAAAACACAGGUGAAGUGCCGCAAGGUGCUGACCAAGAUGAAGCAGCAGGUGUAUGAGCCGUCUCCGUGGCCAGAGAGUGAGGAGGUGCUGGCAGAAGGCAGUGGCUGCUGGAGGGAGGAGCUACAGAAGGAGCUGAGAGACAUAUGGUCUGCUGUCCACAGCCUGCAGAACUCUAUUGACAGUCUUGCCUUGUCCAUGGGUACCAGCCCCAGAGCCUCCAGCGUCAGGGGCCGCAAGGGACAACAGUGCAUGAGUUCUCAGUGGCCCUCCUGGGACUCUGAUUCUGACUGGGAGAGACCUUUCAGCAAGAUUGGAUCCUAUGCUCCCGCUUGAGCAGCUGGGACUGCUUGCCCUGAAGACCCCUCCAGAGAGAAAAUAAACUAGCAGAGACCUUCCUCCACUCUGGACUUUUGCAUCUGCUGGUUCAGGAGUCUGUGGUCCUCCCCACGCCUCCCCCAGAUAACUCCUGGGUGUCUCAGAGGGCUCAGAGACUCAGCACUUUUGAGGAUAUGUGGGUCUAGAUAGGACAGUGAGACAAGACUUAGGGUGUGUUAGUUGGGCAUACGAUCCCAGCGCUUGGGAGGCAGGUGGGAGCAGGCAUGCCAGUUCACAGUUAACAAAGCAAGUAUGAGACCAGCCCGGCGGACCAACUAAAUGGCUCAGUGGGUAACAGCAUUUGCCACCAAGUCUAAAGACCUGAGUCUGAUGUCAGGAACCCUCAUGGUGGUAAAGAACCAAUUCAUGUUGGUUGUCUUCCAACCUAUAAAUGCAUAUAAAACAUUUCACACACCCCAAUAAA